CAAAACAUGGGUGAUGUUAUAGCAACAAGCAGGAAAAUAAAUUACAAACAAAUCAGGCUUGUUUUACUCAGGUAUGUGAGGGAAUUUUUUUUAUUAGGCAACAGAAAAAAGACACAGAAAGAGAAUAAGGACUUCCUGUAGUUAGAUCUCUUUUUUGUACGUAACAUCUGCUGAGAAGUUUUACAGAAAGAACUUCCAGGUAUCUUUUGCUGAGAAGUUUUACAGAAACAACUCACAGGUAUCUAACAGCCUUUCAGGACAGUAAAAUAAUACAGAUUUCUUCCUUUCUGGAAAGGGAUGUCUCAGUCUAUAGAAGACACUGAGCAAGUCGACAUCUUGCAGUGUACGAUCUGUCUGGAGGAUUACCACAGCCAUGGUAAAAAGACACCCCGUAUUCUUCCUUUAUGUCUUCACACAUUCUGUGAAGGCUGCUUAGAGCAAGUGGCAGAACGAAAUAACUUCACUAUUCCAUGCCCUGUCUGUCGGGAAUGCAUCAGAGUGUUGGAUGUAGGCGAGAUACAGGACUUUCCAAUUAAUAGCAGGCUUUGCCCUAUAGAAAUUAUUUGCACAGAAGACAUACCGGACUCUAACCUCUUAGAUUUCAUUGACCCUGAAAUUCCAUCAUGCCCAGUUUGUGGAAGCAUGACUCUCUAUGCCCCCUUUGGACAAGAUGCAGACAUCGUUCAGUGCCAUACCUGUCAGUGGAUAAGUGCUGAGGUAGCAGAAUGUGCACAGGUGGCAUCGCGUGCAGCAGUGAGAGUACCUGUGAAGCCUCACAUGGCACAUCCACCUGGAGUGCAACAUUCUCAAAUACUGCCCACUGUGCAACAACAGCAUGUGACAACUGUGGUCAUACAACAUGUGGUAUGUCGGCGCAGAGUGCAGCACUCGCAAACACAGACUACUGUUCAACAGCAACCCAGGCAAAGGCAAACGCUGAUGAAGAGAAUCUCACGAGGACUGAGGCGUCUGUUUUUGCGAAACUAGAUGCAAGAAUUGGCAUUUGCAGUUCUCAGCAGUGACAGCCACACCUGAAAAAUUUGUUAUUGCAUACAGACAACAGAAAUUUGACACGACUUGGAAUCAAUUGUGUAUUUUUUCGUGAUAUGACUGUGAGAAGCAGAUGUUAAAGAAUAUAAUUAUAUAUAUGAUAACUGUAACUGUGGAUGGCAGAGAAUGAGUGACUGUUUCACUCAGACAAAAGAUUGGCCUGCCUUUGUGAAAGAAAAAUGUAGUAUUCUCUGAUGUUUCCUGUAGCUGUAAACACAACAAUAAAGAAAACAAUGAAACAUACAGCCA